UUUCAUAAAAACAAAAAGGGAUUAUAGCUGCCAAAAAUUCUUGGUUUCUAGUAGGCUACAAUCUUUUCUGUUACCGAGGUGGUAGGCUGUACUGUAUCUGGUCUCCAAUCUCCUUUUUUAAGGAAACUGGCACGUUGGCCUGGCCCUUGCAUGUUCUCAAGCUGUGACUAUGUGAAAAUAUGAAGGCAAAGACAAAUGUCAUUCACGUGGCAAUUGUCAGUGCGACUCUGCUUAAAUUAAGAAGAAUCCACACGUACAGUGGACGCAUCGCUUCUCACGGGGCUCUAGGACAGGACAAACAACCAUGCAGACUUUGAGGCCAAUUCACGGUACGGAAGAGCGGAGACAAAACGACGCAGAGUCCCAGUUGCGAUUUUCUUUGAAGAAUGCCGCAAACGUACGUACAGCCAGCGAUCGCACAGCUCACAUCGGCAGUGUCUUAUCAGACUCUCUGAAGUAGUAGUACAGGCUGUACAGCUGCCCACUCGAGCUGUGAGCCGUGAGCGUGUGAUCUCACUCUCUGAAGUAGUAGUACCAGUGCCCAGUGUUCUCUACCCCGUCCACACGGCUAGCUCGAUGUGUCGCAGGAUGGCCACCGCCUGCAGCUUGCUCGUCGUCGCCGCCGCCUUCCUGAUCCUGCCCCUGCUCGGCUCCUGCGCCGUCUCCACGCAUCGCCUGUCGCGUCAUGCUCCAGUGAUGCUGCUAGGUGGCGACGCCGGUGCUUCUGCUUGGGAUCACGGCGGCCGGAGCACGGUGCGUGAAGGGAGGGAGGUAGCUGCGAGGCGUUUGGGGAAGAGGACGCCGGUGAAGAAGCCUCCGUCGCCGAAACCCCAGGGCAUGACGGGGAUGGUGAUGCCUCUGCCGCCGCCGCCUUCGUCGGAAUAGAUCGAUGCUUGCGAUGGUGGGCUGGUGCCUGGUGGCUUCGAUCGAUGGAUGGAUGCUGAAUCCUCAUCUCUUCGUGGGUGUUGAUGCGUGGGUACUGUAUGAGAGGGAUACAGGUCUUACAGCUAGCUAGCUGCCGCUGCCGUGUAACACUUUUGCUUGUGCAGAAUAAGUUGGCAUGUGCUCCUCCAUACAACUCCAUCCGUGCAUGUCCAUGGUCACUAUUGCUCGUGCGCGUGCCAUCGUGCGAGAGGUAGAAUGCGAUCAACGACUCAGCCAAUGAAUUCGUUGAUAUAAAAAAUGAAUUCGCUGAUGAAAGAAGUCGAU